UUCCCCGCCUCCUCCUGCGGCUGUUGCCUCUCCUCCCCGCCGACACCUCCUCGGGAGAAGAAGAAGAAGGAGAGCAGCCGGACCGACUCGCAUCCUCCCUCACCGCAGAGCCCGCAGCCAGUGCCGGCCCGGCACCAGGAUGAGGUGCCAUAAGUUUUGGGUGUCGUGUACGGUUGGAUUCUAUGUGUGGACAGCCAUUCUCUUCAAAGGGAGAUGUGGCCAGCGCGAUUGCAGGAGCAAAGGUCACCGCCGCUGUCCAUGGUGCCAAGGACGAACACCAUCGGAUAGGGGCGGGGCAUGUGCUGACGGCGAGACACAGCUGGCAGGGUCCCUGCAAGGCGAGUACCAGAGAAGACUUUACAAGGAGCUGCUGGCGAACUACAACCGCCUGGAAAGGCCAGUGGUCAACGACUCGGCCGCCAUCCUGGUGGAGCUCGGCUUCACGCUUCUGCAGAUCAUUGAUGUGGACGAGAAGAACCAAGUGCUGAUGACGAAUGCCUGGCUGCAGCUGUAUUGGACUGACGUCUACCUGAGUUGGAACCCUGAGACCUACCCCGGUGUCCAGAACCUUCGAUUCCCUUCCGACCAAAUCUGGACUCCUGACAUCCUUCUCUACAACAGUGCGGAUGAGCGCUUUGACGCCACCUUCCACACCAACGUGCUGGUGAACGCUUCUGGUUACUGCCAGUACAUCCCACCUGGCAUCUUGAAGAGCACUUGCUACAUCGACGUGCGCUGGUUCCCCUUCGAUGUGCAGAAGUGCGACUUGAAGUUCGGCUCCUGGACUCACAACGGCUGGCUGCUGGACCUCCAAAUGCUGGACGUGGACACGUCCACCUACAUACCCAACGGGGAGUGGGAUCUUGUAGGUGUCCCAGCCAAACGCAACGAGCUAUACUACGAAUGUUGCAAGGAGCCCUACCCGGACGUCACCUUCACCGUCACCAUGCGGCGCAGAACCCUUUAUUACGGCCUCAAUCUGCUCAUCCCCUGCGUGCUGAUCUCCGGCCUGGCCCUGUUGGUUUUUCUGCUGCCCGCCGACUCGGGAGAGAAGAUCUCGCUCGGAAUCACCGUGCUGCUGUCACUCACCGUCUUCAUGCUCCUGGUGGCUGAGAUCAUGCCCGCAACAUCCGACUCUGUUCCUCUCAUCGCUCAGUACUUUGCCAGCACCAUGAUGAUCGUGGGCAUGUCGGUGGUGGUGACCGUUAUCGUCCUGCAGUUUCAUCACCAUGACCCUCAGGGGGGCAAGAUGCCCAAGUGGGUGCGGGUGGUGCUGUUGAACUGGUGCGCUUGGUUCCUGCGCAUGAAGCAACCCGGCGACGAGCGCCGCCGCCCCGCCUACAAAUACCGGCCUACGUCCCAACACCGCUCCAGCACCAACUCCAUCGAAAUGGGCGCCGUUCCCAGCCUCUCCGUGCCACUCUCCCAGACUUCCUGCCCGCCCUGCGCCUCGGGCACCUCCAACGGUUCCAUGAGUCUCUAUUUCGCCAGCUACCACCCCAUGGAGAGUCCGCACUGCCCCCCUUCGAGCGACUCGGGCGUGGCGCUGGGGGGCCGGGCUCACAGCUCCCCCGGUGACGAGGGUGCCGAGCCGCCCGGUGUCUGCGGCGGGGCUUUGGGACUGGGGGUGAGGAUGCCGCCGCCGGAGAUCCAGCACAUCUUGGAAGAGGUGACCUACAUCGCUCAGCGCUUCCGGGACCAGGACCAGGCCGAGGCUGUCAGCAGUGAGUGGAAGUUUGCAGCAGCGGUGGUGGACCGCCUGUGUCUCGUCGCCUUCUCGCUCUUCUCAAUCAUUUGCACCUUCACCAUCCUCAUGUCAGCGCCCAACUUCAUAGAGGCCGUCUCCAAGGACUUCACAUAGUUGUGUUUAUUCCUCUUGUCAAGAUUAUUGUUCCGUGUAAAUACCAUUACGCUCAAACCAAAUACAUUUGUACCAACGUACCAAAUCUUCACGUACCCAAAAUAUCUUCAUAUUCUUAGUUUACACUGCACACCAAAUCUAAUGGGGUUUUUUUACCCCAAGCGACACCGAUCAGAUUUUUUUUUGUCAGUCCAUAAACUCCAAAGUGCUUCAAAUCUGAUCGUUUCUAAUCUGAAUUGGUCCACAUCAGGAUGUAUUCUAAAUCACAUUGGAAUCUGAACUUUUCCCAAAUGUGACUUCAGUUUAAAAUAGGGGUGUCUAAACCUUUUGUCCUGGCUGACUAAAUACUUUCUUGCCCCACUGUAUGUGUGUGUAU